AACCAACAAAGAUCAAUAUUUUGAUGAAUUUAUUGUUUCUUAAAGAAAUCUGCAAUUGUAGUUUGCUUGCUUGUACAUUUCACAUAUAGUUCGUCAUGUUCACCUGACAAUCGAUAAAAAUACCUGGUGAUGUGAUCAUCGCGGAUGUCUACUUCCGGACGAAAUGGCUGUUUAAAACAGGACAAUACAACGACUCGGGGCAGAUUUUUGUGGCCGUGGACCGUUAGACAGGAGUGAGUCGCUCUCAGUGUAGGGCACACACAGGGAAGAGGACUUCUCACAGUGGGGUACAUGUAUUCAACCUAAGACUUUUGAAUUCCAAUAAGUAAAGAACUACCGCAAGACCAAAAUUGAGCAACAUGACAGCAUCACUGCGAUGUCCGUUUCUGAGUCGUAUACCAGUGAACCAGGUAAAAAAGGCAGCACCCCAGUUGAUGUCGUAUGCAGAGCGAUGUCCCAUUAUGGCCCAUGCCUUCCGAUACAUGAGUCUCCUUCCCAGAGAGACAGCUGAACCAGAGGCCAAUCCAGCCAGCAGGUGUCCAUUUAUGGCUAAAAACAACUUGAUCAUCGAGGGCAACAUCUCCACAAUUCUGCAAAAAGAUUUCUUGCAUGAUAAAGAUUCUGUUGACGACGUGAUCGACUCCACAAAGGAAGAAGUGAUGUCGGAGGCAGACAAUAUCACUGACUUGCCUUCAUCCAAUCAGAGUCUUUUUGAGAAGGAAGGAAUUAAAGAAACAAGGCCAGUUUAUUUGGAGAGAAAUAUAUGUAGUCCAGCCAAAACAGGUUCCAACCCUCCAAGUUAUCCAUCUGGCCUGCAUGUAGAGAGAGCCUUACAGGAAAUGAAGCGCUCCUUGAAUAGAACUCAAGGAGAGGACCCAAUAGAGUCCAUUCCUUUGUUCAACUAUGAAAGUUUCUUUGAGGAAGAAAUCCAGAAGAAAAAGAGGGACCAUUCAUAUCGUAUCUUCAAAAAUGUGAUGAGGAAAGGAAGGAAGUUUCCAUACGCAGAAGAACACUCAGGGAAAAAGAAGGACAUUACUGUUUGGUGUAGUAAUGACUAUCUUGGCAUGAGCUGGCAUCCAAAGGUCACAAAGGCUGUUGAACAUGCUGUCAAUCAGUAUGGUGCUGGGGCUGGUGGGACAAGGAACAUCUCUGGAAAUUCUCCUCUGCAUGAAGAACUUGAAGUAGAGCUGGCCUCUCUCCACCGAAAGGAAGCUGCACUUGUCUUUACAUCCUGUUAUGUGGCUAAUGACUCGACCUUGUACACUCUAGGGAAAACUCUACCAGGUGUCCAUAUAUUCUCUGAUGCUGGGAACCAUGCCUCCAUGAUUCAGGGUAUAAGGAAUAGUGGAGCACCCAAACAUAUUUUCCGUCACAAUGAUCCAGAGCACCUGGAGUAUCUCCUCAAACAAGUGGAUAUAUGUGUGCCCAAGUUAGUUGCCUUUGAAACUGUACAUUCCAUGGAUGGUGCUGUGUGUCCCCUGUCUGAGCUUUGUGAUGUGGCCCACAAGUAUGGAGCUAUAACAUUUGUAGAUGAGGUGCAUGCUGUCGGUUUGUAUGGACCUCAUGGUGCUGGAGUGGCUGAGCGAGACGGCUGUAUGGACAAGCUGGAUAUAGUCUCUGGUACACUAGGAAAAGCCUUCGGGAAUGUUGGGGGAUAUAUCGCUGCAUCUUCCAAUACAAUAGACAUGAUACGGAGUUAUGCCUCAGGGUUCAUUUUCACCACCUCACUGCCCCCCACCACCCUGGCUGGAAGCCUGGCAUCAGUCAAGAUUCUCCGAAGUGAUGAAGGGAGACAACUGAGACAUGUCCAUCAACAAAAAGUGCAAUAUCUACGAGAGAAACUGAAGGAAAAGGGCAUUCCAGCUUUACAUUGCCCCAGUCACAUAAUACCUGUCCAUGUUGGAGAUGCUGCCUUGUGUACAAAGCUGUCCAAUGAUCUCCUAAACAUACACAACAUCUAUGUCCAGGCCAUCAACUUCCCUACUGUAGAACGGGGUAUGGAACGCCUCCGUAUCGCUCCUACUCCCCACCAUACACAGGAAAUGCUCGACAACCUGGUCGACUCACUUGUCCAGGUGUGGGAGGAUAAUGGCCUUGACCUCUUCACUCAAGCAUGUCCUGAUGAAUGCGAGUUCUGUCGCAAACCCCUGAAGUUUGAAGCAUUGUCUGCACGCGAGAAGAUCUGUAACAGAUCCAACUGUACCUAUGCCUCCCUGCAGGUGUCUCUGGCCUGUGCAUAAGACUUAACACAAAUUUGGAUGUAGAAGAAAUUUCUCUUUCUUUAUAAUUUUUCUGCUGAAUAAAUCAUCAGAUGAAUAUUAAUGUAACAGCAGGGUCAUAGAUUAUCAAAUGAUUUUAAUGAACAGGAACACACAUCGGGUCAUAAGCUUUUAAUCACUGGACUAAUACUGCUGGUUACUAGGGCUACCUCCGACAUCACUCACAAUUUUACUAUUAAUCUGAUUUGCUUGAUUGGUGCUAGACUGGCAAUAUGCUAAGUUUUAUCACUCUCUUUUGUGUAUAUACUGAAUAUAUGUUUAACAACUGUAUAUUCUUGAUUUGCAAUCAUAUAUUCUAGCAAAAUAAUGCAAAAUGAAAAUGUUGAUUAAAUAGAAGUGAUUAAUUGUAACUCUUAAUCAUAUCUUAUCUCCAAAUUAGCCAAUCUUAGUCUAUCAUAGACUUCAGGACCUUAGCCAAUCUUAGUCUAUCAUAGACUUCAGGACCUUAGCCAAUCUUAGUCUAUCAUAGACUUCAGGACCUUAGCCAAUCUUAGUCUAUCAUAGACUUCAGGACCUUAGCCAAUCUUAGUCUAACAUAGACUUCAGGACCUUAGUCCAUCAUAGACAUUGAUGUCAGUCCAAGAUAAGAUGAAUCCAAACUUGUGAUAGGUGUACACAUUAUUUUUUACUAGGUGUUUAUUUUACAUGUGAUAUUUCAGAUUUCUAUUUUUAAAAGAGCUGUAUUAUUUUGUAUUAGUUUUCAGUGGUUUGUUGUUUUACUUGAAUCAAUCCAUUUUAAUGAACAAUAUUCUUUUCCUAUAUUCAAGAGAACUAGAGCUUCGCUUUGAACCUUAUCAUGAAUGUUUAGGAAUAUCAGCUACAGACAAACCCAUCCAUGACUUAGCCUUGCUGUUACAUAAAAUGUCAAAGGACACGGUAGUGUCGAGUGGCUGCCAUCAUGCUAUGAAUAUAAAGCUUCAGUAUGUGGUAUAUGGUAUAUGUUAUAAUGCUUCCUGCUUUUUUUGUGGUAUUUUACUUUAACCAAUUAUCUAUUACAAGCUUGCAAUUAUGGAAGUAAUGAAGAAGUGCAUCAAGUGUAUAAAGAAAAACGUGUUCAUGUAUACUUCUUUAUGCUUUAUAAGUCAGAUUUAUUUUAAAACUCACUUAAACAGAUUAUCUGCUUUGAUGCUUAUAGUUAUGACAUGUCUUUUGUAAAAAUUUGAUAUGCUAAUAUCCUUGAAAUAUAUAGAUAGCAUGCUGUUACAAUUCUAUGAAAUAUCCAUAACAAGUUUAUAGGAGAUGAUAUAUUUAUAGCAUGCUGAUACAAUCUAUAAACCAGUUUAUAGGAGAUGAUAUAUUUAUAGCAUGCUGACACAAUCUAUAAACAAGUUUAUAGGAGAUGAUAUAUUUAUAGCAUGCUGAUACAAGUCUAUAUACAUGUUACGAUCUGAAGAAUUAUAUCUGACUAUCGGAGAACUUGUAAGCAUAUGUAUACCUGUUAAAGUGUUAGGGAUGUUACUUGUUACCCGGUAAUAGAUGUUAGUGUUAAAACUGUAGUCAAUAUUUUAAACAGAAGUGAUGUUAUUCAUAUUUUACAGUUGCAUGGCUAUGGGAAUGGUAUCAUUUUAUUUCAUUGUCUUCUUUUCCGGUAGGUUAUGUGUAUCAUAUUGUGUUUUUGAAGUAGUCGUUAAGGUGCUUGUCAAAUCAUGCAAGGUUCCAGCCUGCAACAUGACCUUCAUUAGAUGUUGAUCUGAAUGCUUGCCAACAUAUGUUUGAUCUCAGUAAAUCAAGAUCGACAUACUGUGAGAGUUUAAUGUCCCCAAUAUAAUUGAUAAUUGGAAACUUUAAGAAAUGGGUGACAGUAAAGCAAUGCGAGAUAAGAUGCCACCACUAGGAGUAGAACUGUGUCGUUGUUUCUGUAGAUAAGUUCUGUAGAUAAGAUCACUGCCUUCACUAGGACUUGAUGGUACUGUGUCGCUGUUGGCCUAAGUAAGACGGCUGUGUUGCUGUCGGCCUAAAUAAGAUGGCUGUGUUGCUGUCGGCCUAAAUAAGACGGCCGUGUCGCUGUCGGCCUAAUAAAGAUGGCUGUGUUGCUGUCUGCCUAAUUAAGAUGGCUGCCUUCACUAGGACUUGAUGGUACUGUGUCGCUGUCGGCCUAAAUAAGAUGGCUGUGUCGCUGUCGGCCUAAAUAAGAUGGCUGUGUUGCUGUCUGCCUAAUUAAGAUGGCUGCCUUCACUAGGACUAAAUGGCACUGUAUUUCCUCUAACCUAGAUAAGUUCUCUGCCAUCACUAACUAUGGUUACCCAGUACUUUAUAUAAUAAUAGUAGUUAUAAGAUAAAAGUAUAUAUAGUACAACAUUUCAUUAUUGAGGAGUUGUAAAUCUUCCUAAUUCAUGUUAAUCAUAUAGUAAAUAUACUUAUUUCCAGCAAAUAGUUGUUUAUUUGUUAUGUUAAUAAUGCUUAAUUGAUGGCAUGGUUUGUUUGCCAAGACAGCUGUUUUGUUAAUGAAACCACAUUAAUUCAUCCUUAUGUUUGUCAAAAUUUUGUCAAAAAUUUCAAUGAAAAUGAAAAGUUUUAGAAAUAUAAAGAUGAAAAAAACAAUCUAUUCCACAGCAUUUUGUUUCUUCAUUAGUAAGACAAAUCUAAAUUAAAGAAAUACUUUAAAAUGAUUUCAAGAUUAAAUGAAAGAACGGUUAUCAAUUUUGGUCUGUUUGUCUUGGUCAUUUUGUUCCUUAAUAAUUCCAUCUAGCCAUAUCCAGCUAUAAGUCCCUGCAUAUAAUAAACACACCCAUAUGUAUUCUGUUCAGUAGUAUUACCAACAAAAGGUUUAUCAUUGUCCUGUAAUAACCCUGAAUCUUAGUCGGAAGUUUUGUCUUGACCUUCUGGGUAAUACAAGUACAAUGUACAUAUAUGUAUACAUAUAUUAAAGAUCCAGUAAUUAACAUUUUAAAGGUGCCUAUAACAUAUCUAAUUAAUCAGUUUUAAUUUAAAUUUGAUCUGGGGUGCAUUGUGUUAUUUACUCACACAUACAACAUUCAGGAAAAUGAUGCAAUACAAUAUUCACAAAGAAAAAAUAUCAAUAUUUAUCCAAAUUUAUUUUGUCAGAAAUAAAAUGACCAAGAUGAAA